AUGACAGGCUCUGCUUUUGAUCGUCUCAUGCCCACCUCUCGUGCCCCUGCGACUGCUCGCGCUCCCACCUCCGCACCUAUCAUCUCCGAGCCUCGGGAGGUUCGGGAGAUUCCGAACCAGUGGGAUGAUGCUGCCAGUAACGGUAACGGCAGUGCUGGCGGCAGGGGGUACAUGAGUGGUGGCGGCCAGAGGGGUUUAGGAGGGGGUCAGGGUUUUGGGGAGGGUAGGGGGGCUGGUUUUGAUGAGGCUUUUGACAGAGGGUAUGGGAGGAGAGUUGGGUUUGGCCCGUUUGGGUUAGCGUCUCAGGAGCAAGGGCAGCAGCAGGAGCAGCAGCAGUGGAAUCAGAGUGGUGGAGUGCGUAUUGAGGAGGUGGAGGAUGGUGAUGAUGGUGCUGCUGGUGGUGCCGGUGCGUGUGGUGUGGGUGCAGGUGCUGCGGGAGUAGGGCGAGGGUUAGGGGGCGUGGGUGAAGGUGUGACGGGAGGGGAGUGGGCGAGGGGGCGAGUGUUGGUUCAGGAACCAGGUGUAGGCGAAGCGACUGGAGGAGCAGGGUUGGGAGCAGCAGCAGGAGCAGGAAUGGGAGCAGGAACAGGGGGGGUGUUCUGUGGAGAGGCAGAGGAAACAGGGUUUGCUACCAUGGUCCCUGCAUCAGCAGCAGCACCCAUGGAUGUGGAUCAGGAUGAGGAUGACGAUGUGAUGCGCGCUAUUGCACUCUCCAUCAAGAUCCGUUCUGUGUUUUCUACCUUCGCGUUUUCUUCCCUUGUACCACUCCCCGCUCCCCUCCCUCCUCGCCCCUCUUUCCCUCCUGCUGCUGCACACCGCAUGACCUACCGUAACAGCGUAGCUCCCGUUUCCUACUUCCCCCGCCCCCUUCCUCCCAAUCUCCCUUUGUUGCAGACGGCAGAGGAGGAAGCAGCAUCAAGGAAUCAGUCUGCCACAGCCUCACUCCAGCCUCCGUUCACAGUACCUGAAACAGCACCCUUACCACCUGCACCACCAUCAGCGGCAGCAACAGAAGUGGCAGGAAGAGGAUUAGGGUUAGGAGCAGAAGCAGGAGCAGGAGCCGGAGCAGGAACAGGGGUGUUGCCUUCCUGGCCGCACGUGGCAGGAUAUUCAACCCAGAGCGGACGGGGCGGUGGAGGUGGUGGUGGUGGUGGGUACGAGGAGGAGGAAGACGAGGAAGAGGAGCCGGUGCAGCCGCUCAUGCGACGCCGUGUGUACCAUCCUUACCACCCUGCUGACGGAGGUGGGGGAGGGGGAGGGGGAGGGGGAGGCGGAGGGGGCAGAGAGGCGAAUGAAGGGCGAUCAGGUUCAGCUGCUGCUGCUCCUGGUGCUGCUGCUGGUGGUGGGUUUAGCAGCGGCGUUGGGAGUGGGAGCGGGUUUGGCAGUGGCAGGGGUAAGUUCAAGUCGCCAUGGCAAUCCGACCAGUCCGCGUUUCACCCUGAGGUCAAUCACACUCUCCCGGCAGCACCUGCAGCUGCAGAAGCAGCGAGAGCAGCUGGAGAAGCAGCAGACGCAUGGCGAAGCGAGAAGUCUGGUGGGAGUUCCCGGGUUGCGGAAAGUGGAGCAGCAGCAGCAGGGGCGGAAGGGGAGGGUAUGGAGGGGACAAUGGCAGGAAUGGUGGGUGGGGGAGAUGGUGGGGCGGCUGGUGGGAUGGAUGCGAAUGGGAUGAGUCAGGAGGAGGUAGCAGCAGUGAUGCGGGCGGUUGAAGAGGCCUCUGCUGCUGAAACGGCCGCUGCUGCUGCUGCCGCUGCUGCUGCCGCCGCUCCUGCUGCUGCUGCUGGUGAUGGUGAUGGGGCGGAUGCAGCACCCACUGCUGCGCAUGAUCAUUUGGGGGGCCUAUCCCACGCAGAGCAGGAGGAGGCGCGAAUCAUGGAAGCAAUCAUGUUCGGAACCCCCCUUCCCGACCAUGACCCUGCUCUUGCUGCCGCUGCUGCCGCUGGUGCUGCUGCUACUGGCGUCACAGGCACUGCCAUGCCCAUGCACCCAUCUCUCUCCGCCUCUGCUGCUUAUGCCGCCGACGCUUCUACUGCUGCAGCCGCCGCUGCUGCUGCCGGGGCACCGUACGGGUCCGCGUAUCUCCCGCGUAGACCCCACUCUUGGCGGCAAUAUGGAGGAGGGUUGGUAGACAUGGGCGCAGGAGGUUCGAUGGGAGGUGUGGGUUUGGGGGGGAGAUAUGGGCAGGGAGGGGUUGGAGGUGGAGGGGAAGGCGGGGUUGAGGGGGAGGGGCAGGAACGGGAGGAAGGGGAGGAGGAGGAGGAUGAGGAGGGGUUGGGGCAGUGGGCGAGGGAAUGGAGGAGGCAGCAGAGGCGGCAGCAGCAGCAGCAGCAGCAGGCAGCACGGCCGCCGUCGCCACGCAUGCUGGAAGAGAGGCUGCUGAGGCAAGAGCAGGAUGAGGAGUAUUUCAAGUCACUGAUAGCCGACCAGGAGAAGGAGGAGGAGGAGGCGGAGGAGGAGGCGGAGGCGGAGGCGGAGGCGGAGAAAGGAGGACGACUGCUGGCAGACCAGGAGAUGAAGGCUGGCAAGGCUGAUGGGUUGGGCUUUCAGGCGCCUUUCUUCAGGCAACAUUUUCAAGCUCUUCCUGUUUGUUUGGUUCCCACAGCUGCUAUUUCAUGCAAGCGCGCUCUCACGAGGAGGGCGCAUUCUCUUCUCAUUCUGCGCCCAUUCACUGACCUUUUAUUCAAAUUCGCCUGCUUUUCACCAUCCUUCUCACCCACUUGCGUUCUGCAGGAGGAGCAGCGGCAGCUGGCAGCAAAAGAGGCUUCACUACCUGUGGAGCCAGCAGCAGGGGAGGAGGGCGCAAUCACUCUCAUGCUGCGCCUGCCAGACGGCUCCCGCCUAAGCCGCCGCUUCCUUACUUCAGAUACCUUACAGGCGCUUUUUGACUAUGUGGAUGUGAGCAAGCUAGUCAAGCCCAACACAUACAACAUCGCAAGGCAGUUUCCCCGGCGUGUGUUUCAGCCAGCAGAGGCGCAUGCAACCCUGGCAGAUCUAGGCAUCACCAACAAGCAGGAAGCCUUCUACAUCCAGCAGCUCUAG